AUGGGGAGGUUUUGGAGAAUGAAAGAGGCAUUUGAGGUGGCCAGAAAGGUGAGAGAUUGCGAAAGCAGCGGCAGCGAACACUCGCCUGAGACGAUGAUGGAUUUAUCCCAUAUGGUAAACUCGUUCAUAGAGAACGGCAAUGGCGUUGUUAAUAUAGAUUUUGAUAUGCAAGUUGAUGAUGAAUCCAGUUCAGAUGGAACUGAUGAUGAUAUGGAGGAGAUUAAGGAAUCAUUGCGAAGAUUGAUUGAAAAUGGUGAUGAUGUGAAAAGAAACUUGAUAUCGAAAGUCGAAAAAGCGAACAAUGAUGUUGUUGAUGAUAACCGAUCAUCGCAAUCUUUAGGGUUUAAACGAAGGCUGAUGGCUUGUCUUCGUGAUCGAGGUCUUGACGCUGGGCUUUGCAAAUCAAAGUGGGAAAAGAAAGGUGGCCGGCUUCUCGCUGGCAAUCAUGAAUACAUCGACGUCAACGUUAAGCAAACACGUUAUAUAAUUAUCGUAUCUUUGUUAGAAGAGUUCGAGAUAGCUAGACCUACAGCUGGUUACGCUUCCUUGCUCGAGAUUCUUCCUGGGAUCUCAGUUUUCAAAGUCGAAGAUUUCAAAGAGAUGGUGAAAAUAAUGUCAAAAGCGAUAAAGAGGUCAAUGAAGCAGAAGAAGAUGCCUGUGCCACCAUGGAGACGACGGGAGUAUGUUCAGGCAAAAUGGUUUGGGUCUUACAAACGAACCACCAACGAGUAUCCAACUAAAAAGACACCGGAUCGUAUCGUGAUCAACAAUCAAAGUAUUGGUUUUAUAUCGAUUCCUGAUCAUACUUGCUAUGGUAGACGUCAAGAUCAAUUUGCUAGGAAAGAUUUUGGCUAUAAAAUGGGGAACUUAGCCAUGGUCAUGAAUGGAGCAAGCUAAGAUAUUUUUGUUCAACUAGUAAAUUAUUCGCAAAGUUUAUAGAUAUGAGUGUUGGUUAAACUAAUAAAUUAUUCGCUAAAAAGUUUAUAGAUAUGAGUGUUGGUGUUUCCUAGCAUAGGCUGGGGUUUGAGCCUCACAAAAGACGAGAAGGGUUUCAUUAGUACAAUCGAUCUGA